GCGCUAGACUCUGGAUUAGCCUUGACGCAGAGGUCGCGUAUCCCGCUUGGCUCCGCCCAGCUCACCCUGGGCCCUGGACUUGAGUCGGGCCGGGGAGGGACGGUGGCUGUGCGCAUGCGCCGGGAGUUGGAUUUGCGCUUUUUCCGACAAGAUGCAGGACCCCAAUGCGGAUACUGAGUGGAAUGACAUCUUGCGGAAAAAGGGCAUCUUGCCCUCAAAGAAUAAUUUGGAAGAAUUGGAAAAAGAAGCAGAAGAGGAGGAACAGUUAAUCCUUCAGCAAUCAAUCGUGAAGACAUAUGAAGAUAUGACUUUGCAAGAACUAGAGGAUAAUGAAGAUGAAUUUAAUGAGGAAGAUGAACGUGCUAUUGAAAUGUACAGACAGCAAAGACUAGCAGAGUGGAAAGCAACUAAACUGAAGAAUAAAUUUGGUGAAGUUUUGGAAAUCUCAGGAAAGGAUUAUGUUCAAGAAGUUACCAAAGCCGGUGAGGGCUUGUGGGUAAUCUUGCAUCUUUACAAACAAGGGAUUCCCCUCUGUGCCCUGAUAAAUCAACACUUCAGUGAACUUGCCAAGAAGUUUCCCAGUGUCAAAUUUAUCAAAGCUAUUUCAACAACCUGCAUACCCAAUUACCCUGAUAGGAAUCUGCCUACAAUAUUUGUUUACCUUGAAGGUGAUAUCAAGGCUCAAUUUAUUGGACCUCUAGUGUUUGGAGGCAUGAACCUGACAAGAGAUGAGUUGGAGUGGAAGUUGUCUGAGUCUGGAGCCAUCAAGACUGACCUAGAGGAAAACCCUAGGAAACCAGUUGAAGACACUUUACUGUCCUCAGUGCGGUGCUCAGUCCCCAUGAGGAGUAGCAGCGAUUCUGAGGAUGACUAAGGCUAUGGGUGUAGCAACAUGCCAAACUUCCUUAUUUGACAGGUCACCUGCAUUUUCUGAAAAAGGAAACGUAGGCUUGGAUCUUUAGGUUUUCAGUCAUUUAUGAUCAUGUUUUUAAAUAUUAUAAAUAUCAGAAAUAAUCACUACUGAGAAUUUAUUAAAUUCCUUUUAUAACAUUUCCUUUAAUAAAAACAGCUAUUGACAU